CCUAUUAAUACUCUUUACAAGUUGAGGUUAAUGUCCAAGGAACCUACAAAAAAUAUCUCACAAAUAAGUUGAAAUGGCUUUAAACAUCUCACGGAAUUUUUUGAGAGGAAUAAAAAAUGUAUCUGUGCAUUGUAGAAGCGCAUCGCAAUAUUAUCCCAUUGACGAAAACAUAUUUGGUUUAUCCGAAGAUCAAAUUCAGUUUCGAGAAACAGUCUUUAAUUUCGCUCAAAAAGAAUUAGCUCCAUAUGCUAACGAAAUUGAUAAGAAAAAUAAUUUCGAUGGGUUAAGGGACUUUUGGAAGAAAUUAGGAAGCCUUGGGUUAUUAGGUAUAACAGCAAAGAGUAAAUAUGGAGGUACAGAAGCUGGCUAUUUGGAACAUUGCAUCGUUAUGGAAGAAUUAUCAAGAGCAUGUUCAGCAAUAGCACUUAGUUACGGUGCUCAUUCAAAUUUGUGUAUCAAUCAAAUUCAUAGAAACGGAACUGAAGAACAAAAAUUAAAAUAUCUUCCUAAAUUAUGUUCCGGAGAACACUUUGGAGCGUUAGCAAUGUCAGAACCAGGUUCAGGUUCUGACGUAGUCUCAAUGAAAUUAAAGGCUGAGAAGAAAGGCGAUUAUUAUAUUUUAAACGGAAACAAAUUUUGGAUUACAAACGGACCGGAUGCUGACGUUUUAGUAGUGUACGCCCGAACGGAUCCGAAAGCUACGAAGAAACAACAUGGAAUUUCAACAUUUUUGGUCGAAAAAGGCUUUCCAGGAUUUAAAACAGCCCAAAAAUUAGAUAAAAUGGGAAUGCGCGGAUCGAAUACGUGCGAAUUAAUAUUCGAAGAUUGUAAAGUACCCAAAGAAAAUUUAUUGGGAGAAGAAAAUAAAGGAGUUUAUGUUUUAAUGAGUGGUUUGGAUUACGAACGAUUAGUUUUAGCCGCGGGACCAGUUGGAGUAAUGCAAGCAUGUUGUGAUCUUGCAUUUGGAUAUGCACAUGAUAGAAAACAAUUUGACCAAAAAAUUGGGGAAUUUCAAUUAAUACAAGGAAAAAUGGCUGAUAUGUACACAACUUUAAGCGCUUGUAGAAGUUAUUUAUACAACGUUGCUAAAGCUUGUGAUAAAAAGAAUGCGAAUAGUAAAGAUUGCGCCGGCGUUAUUUUGUAUUGUGCUGAAAAGGCGACUCAAAUGGGAUUAGAUGCUAUUCAAAUUUUAGGCGGAAAUGGUUAUAUUAAUGAUUAUUCAGCUGGAAGAUUAAUGCGUGAUGCGAAAUUAUAUGAAAUUGGAGCUGGUACAUCAGAAGUUAGAAGACUAUUAAUUGGAAGAACUAUCAAUUCGGAAUAUAAAUAAGAAAGAAAAUUGUUAAAAGUUUCAGCGAAAAUGACCUUGCCAUAAAUUUAUUUUCAAUAUAUAAUUUUUUUUUAA